AGCGUGCCACGCCCCCUUGAAUCUACAUUCCGAUUGGAUUCGACAGCAUGGCGAGUCAAUAAAAGAAUUUUGAAAACACAAAACGAGUGCCUCGUGUAAUCAACUUUAGGCAAUAAGACAUAAGACUUAAGGAAACUGCCAUGCAUCUUCUUCAUCUGAUUUACAUACAUUCGGCAAAUUACGUAAAACAAAAUAUACAAAAUAAAUUUUUUCCUGACAACUAGAAAAUAAUUCAUUGCACAGAGGCGGGUGUUAUCGUUAUUCGCAAGGUAUACUCCACUCUACUCUCGCCAUGGCUGACAGCGAUUUGAUCUGCAACUCGAAGUCGUGCCUUAAGCCUUUGAAGAAGACUGCCUGGGUAACAAGCUGUUCCCACGUCUUUUGCCAAGAGGAUGGCAUCAAAGAGUUACGAAACAGCCCUAAUGCAAAAUGUCCGGUUUGCGGGACACCUCUCAACCACUCCUCGGACAUUGUCAAGGCCGACCUGAAUCCGUCCGAGCAUUUCAAAUCGAUGGUGCUCACCGGUUUGAGUCCUGAAAUCGUGAUGGACAUUGUAAAUAGGUCGUUUUCGUUCUGGACGUACCAGAAUAACCUGACCAAGAAGUAUCAAGAAAGUGUGAUUAAGAGUUACAAAGAAAAGUUGAGCAAGUUAGAGAGCUCUUAUGAAAUACUGGUGGCCAAAAUCCAGCAAGAAGUUUGUUUGCUGAAGAAAAAAGUUGAAGAAUUGGAGAGGGAAAAAAUGAAUUUGCUGAACAAGCUUGAGGAAUCUGCGCAGAAGAUGGCAGAGAAAAAUCGCGAGAACCAAAAGCUGCAUAGCGCUUGCAAUGCAAUUCGAAAGGCCAAUCUUCACUCUUCCAACAAUCAAGUGAAUUAUCUUCCCGAGUCUUCCGAUGACAGAAAUGUGUACUCGAUCACUCCGAAAACCAUGAAUGACCUCUUGCCUCGGCGCCAACCUAGUAGCCAGAUGCACUUGAACGUCCAAAUGCAACCAGGCAAUUUUACUCCACGGAGGAGCAACACCCAGACAAUGGGGGCCCCUGGUAGAAGAAAACAGCCCGACAUUGCUGGUUUCAGCUUCAAACCUGUGGCACCAAUUCGCGACAGUGGCAGUCCUUUGGAUUUCACCCCUUUCAUGGCACCAAAGGCUCCCAGAAUGGAUAAGUGAUUUGAUGUUCUUGAUUUAAAUGCAAUUAGAGUAUGCAUCAAAAUCGACUGGUUUUUAUCUCUUGAAGAGAAAAAUGUUUUGAUUUAAAAAAAAUUAAGCAUUAGUAAUUCUGUUAAAGUUAAAGUAAAUCACUUUAUAUUUAAUUAAAUUUCAAUGAAGGGCUCAAUCUUGAUUUCUCGAAGAAGUUCGCCCAUAGGUUGUUCCCAACGUUUUUCAUAAUAAACGUUAAGCAGAAAUUCUGCAUUUUUUGCUGUUGAAAGAGCCCACGGAAGGUAUGACUUUAAAUAGCGUUGCCUUUGUCUGAAAUAAAUGGUACAA